AUGUCCGAAUAUUAUGGAUUUGCCUUUGAUGGUAAUUCAGUUUAUUCUCAACAUGCACAUUCUCUACAAAUUCCAGAUCAUUUAAUGAAGAAUUCUAAAAAGUAUGGACUCUGGUCAGUCUAUCUCGGUAAUCCAGAAGGAAUGGGACGUGAAGUCUUGGUUCAAAAUUUGCUCAAAGAUUCCUAUUUUAGGGAAUAUCUGGACUAUCCAGAAAUGUUACAUAAGGAAUAUAGAGAGAGAAUUAUUUCUGACAUGAAGGAUGAGUUAAAGGAAACUCAGGAUGAUAUUAAAGUUUACAAUAUGUUUUAUUAA